UGCCAGAGACAUUAAAGCAGGAGACCUACGUAGUCUACCAAAGUCUCACUCUCCCAGAGUGUACAAAGCUGAAGAAGAAGACUGCUCAUAGAUGGCUUUAGAUGUCCUCACUGUGGCCCACAUCAACAGGAUAAAGCCGAUGGCAGAGCCAUCCAAAAAGCCACCCUCCCCACUAAACCCCUUGGUCCCAUCCAAGACCAAACUCACCACCAUUGAGGCCAAGAGGAUCAUGUCCGUGCUGGACGAGACCAUCCACAAGGUGGAGUUGGCAACCCUGCUGUCAUAUGUAGCGUCCAAUCAGGAGGCUCUGGAGGGGAUGUUGGGAGAGGACAUCGUGAAGGCAGUGAGAGAGCACGAGGCUCUCUGCCAGAUCCUCCUGGACAAUGUCAAUUACCUGCAGGAUGAAGAAAGAUGGCUACAGGAGGAAGAAGAGUUUGAGGAGGGAGGGUGGCUCAGAGACCACCUCUUCUCCGUGGAACUACAGAAACCCAACCUCCUGCCACUUAUGCAACAGAUCAGAGAAUCCACUAAGAACUCCCUGAGACUCUUGCUCAAUAACCCACAGGCUGCUAGCCUCUUGCAGAUGCAGACACAAGGCAGAAGUGCAGAAGCCCAAAGAUUUAUUGAUAGCCUGAUGGAACUCCGGGGUUUCCUGUUUGAGAAGCUACUCACCAGUCCCAUGGAAGCCAGAGACAGGGCUCAGUUCAUGCAGGAUAUCAGUAAACGGAUUUGGAGGAACCAAGAAGUCACUGAUGCUCUUGAAAGUGAAUUAGCAGUGAACAUAAGGAACAGGGAUAUAGAGGUGGAAAAAGAGAACUUUGUGAUCCAAGAACUGAAGAACCACCUGCACCAGUUGCUCAAGUUCUCAGAGAAAAGCCUCCUUCACACUAAGCGGGAGGCCGAAAGGCAGCAGAAGGCUGACUUCCGGGCCUCGCAGGCCAGGGUGGCCAAGAUGCAGCAGGAGGUCCAGCUGCUGCGCUCACAGUUCCACAGCUUGGUCAUGGAGAACUGGGAGGCGGAGCAGGCACUGAGGAAGAAAAAGUAUAAAGUGGAGACGGAAAUUGAGAACUGGAUCCAGAAAUAUGAUACGGACAUGGGUGAAAAGCAGGACGAGUACGAGGAGCUAGACGUUAUACAUGAGGAGGAGAAGGCCCAGCUGGAGGAGCUGAAGCAGAGGCGUGACAUGCUGGCAGAAGAGUUCGCCCAGAUCUGGGCAGAGCAGGAGAUCAACUCCAAGAAGAGGAUGGAGGCUGAGCAAGAGAUGGUGCGCAUGGUGAGGGCCGCCACGCUCAUCCAGUCUGUAUGGAAGGGCUACCUGGUCCGCUCCAUGCUCAAGUCUAAGAAGAAGAAGCGGAGCAAGACUAAGGAUAAGGGCAAGGGCAAGGGCAGGGGCAAGAAAUGAGCCCUUCCCGAGAGCCCCACUCCCAUCCCUGUGCAUUCAGCACUCCCCUCACCUCCCAGAGAGCAGGCCAGGCAGCCACUGGGAUGGGGAGUCCUGCAGUUCAUGGCUUUAACGAUUGUUCUCAAUGAAUAAGCAGUUUAAACCACAUCCCACAAAUAAAUCUCGUUUUACUCAGGGCUGUUGGCUGUUGAAUGCAUACUUGAAGGUGCCCUUUUAUGAGGGGAGCAUGCAGGCCCCAGUGUCAGCACAUAACCAUUCCUUCUUUAGCUUCAGGGGGGUGCCAGACCCUGGGCUGCAGCCCCCUUGGUCCCAGACCGGAUGCUGCCAUGGCUGCAAUGGACAUGUCACUCACCAGGGCAGUGGGCUUUGGGCUGUGGGUGACAGCUGCCUGCAGUGGGUGCAGGAGCAGGCAGAGAACCCCAGGAGGCACAGGGUUUCAGGCUGCCCUCAGCCCCUGCUCUGGGAUGGUCAGUCGGUCCACUUCUCCCACAUCCAGCACUGCGAAAGCUCAGGUGUCCCGAGGUUAUAAACCAGCAGCCUCACAUUGGCCCUAUUUGGUUUCCAGGUUGUUGAACUAUAAAUAUACUUUUUUAUUCAUUGCUGGCAUUAAAAAAAUCAGGGGCUAUCAUAUAGAAAUCCUGCUUUCUGCCUUUCCUAGGAAAACCUAAUCAUCCAGAUACCCUAGCUGUACAUGUCUUCUAGAACUGAGUAGCAGCAUACCUUUCAGAUGGCUGACACUGCAGGGUACCCCAGUCCCCACCACUCCCAACUGUCUUCCAGGCAUCACAACCUUGUGUUGAUUGUCCCAUUAUCAUCACAUGUGGUUUGUUGCUUCUCUUUUAGGGAGGAUAGGUGUUUCUGAACCUUGUCUAUUAAAACAUAGGGGAAGGGGAUAAAGGCAAAUAAGAGGUGGAUGUUUCAAGUAAAAACAAGGAGUAAAGGAACUUAUUGUGAAAGUUCUAGUAAGUUUAAAUGUUCUACACAUUUCAAAUGCAGUGUUUGCUGGCCUGCUUUGCUAAGCCUGCUGGACCCAUUAAGUGUCUGCAUGUAUGUCCCUGGUCCUGGCCCCCGUUGGUCCCUCCCAGACUGCUCCCCACAAGUGUCUGUUCUUUCCUUCGCAAAGGCAGAGCUAUAGAACCAAUCAUGGCUUACAGGUGGGUUCUCUGGAAUCCCAGUACUUUCUCUAAGUACAUUAGGGGAAAAUGGGGACAAGGAGAGGCCCAACCCCCACCCAAAUCCACCAGGAUGCUGGGAUUCUGGGUGCCACUCCAACUGAGCAAGUGCUUUGCCAUUUUCCUAAGCAACCUGAUCCCCGGUGGUGCGCCUGACCACUUAGGCCUCUGUCCUGAGUGCCAGAUGCACAUGUGACUUCCUGGCUAUCCCAGAUCUCUCUGCUUGGCAGUCCUAGCCACCGUUUUUACUGAUAUUGGGAAAUGUGUGUAUAUGAUUUCACAACAAUACAAACUCUAGCCCCAUUCUGAGCUCAGAACCAGCCAACCCACCAGUUUAGUCAGGUUGACUAGAUACAUGUGGGAGCCCCAUAUUGCUUGAGGGCAGUGUUCCUGAACCUCAGUGGCCCACUCA